UUAAAUUUAAUCUUUUGAUGAGAAAAUCAUUAGAGGAUUAUAAGGAUAUAUUUGUUGAUGAAGAUUAUAAAAUUUAUAUACAAGUUUUAUUAAGUGUAUCUAUUUGUCCUGAUUUUUGGGAUGUUUUAUAUGUUGACAAAGAUGAAUAUUUCUGCCAAUCAUAUUAUAAAUUUCAAAAGUACAUCUGUAUAUUGGUAAAUUCCCUGAUUAAUUGCUCGCAUAAAAGAUUAUGGACUGAUGAUUAUAAGAAUAUAAUACAGACUUAUCCAGACAUAGAGUUCAACAAUAAUCCUGAAAUCAAGAAUUGUGUUGCUUGCAGCUUCAAAGAUACUAACAAAACAUUCCUUAAAAUUAGAUUUUUUGGUAAACCUUACGAUGCCCAAACCCUCACCCAGUUAAGUCAUGAUAUUCUUCUGGAUAAAAUUAUAGAUAAAAGCUUGAUGGAUAAAGAAGAGGAUGACCAAAUAGCUUUGUACGUAUGCCCACCUUGUUCCGAGAUGACUCAAAUGUAUCACCAAAUAUUCCAUUGCCAGUAUAAAAUCUACCAAAAAUGUAAAUCUCAAAUCAUCGUGAUUAGGGACAGGGAGCAGUACCAAAACAAACGGUUAACCCUGGAACAAUUGAUGGAAUUGGCUUUCGAUAAGAAAGGUUGGAAAGAAGCGAUAAUCUCCGAAAUACGUACCGUGUGGGAUAACGCCUUGUAUUAUAGUGAACGAUUUGUUGAACUGCAAUCUAAUUAACUUAAACCUUUAACCUAAGAAAACAACUUUUAAUUAGGCUAUUUUUUUAUCGCUGAAGAAGAAGAUUUACUAAUAAACUAUUUAUUUAUUUUUUUUAUAUUGCAGCAUAUAUUCUUUGGCGAGGUGUAGUAAAAGGAGAUUAAUUGAUUCAUUUAUAAAUUAUAUUUUAUUGUUACAUUACUCUUCUAAAUUUGUUAUUUUUUAAAAAAUUUUGUUAUAUUAUAACUUGCUUCUUUUUUAAAUGUCCAUGACUUUUUUUUAAAAAAAAAAUUUUGUUAUAUUGUAACUUCAUGACAUUUUUUUUAGAAAAUAUUUGCUAUAUAUUUUUUCAUUUGAAAUAUUCCUGAUUUUUUGAGAUAGCUUAGUUACUUAGUAUUAUAAUCCGCUAAAAAUUGUUUAAUUGUUAAAAACCUUUGUUUAAAUAAAUAUAUUUUUUUAUACUAAUUAUGUUAAAUAAUCCUUAAUUGUUUUUAACAAAAUUGUUCUUUUUUUUGUUAUUGUUAUCAUUGUUUUUUUUAAUAAAAUGGAAAUAUUAGAUUACCCGCAUAAAAAAAGGAAGCACGGCAGUCCCUGAAGUGGGGGAAAAUUUUGGUCCAAAUUUUAUUUUGAUCAUAUAAUCAGGAUUUUUAUCAUAUUUUAGAAAAAUGUGUUUUUUUCUUCUUGGUUCAUUUAUCAUAAUUGUGUUUUGUUUAUAUGUACAUUCAUUUUCUGUAAUAUUAUAAUAGC